AUGGUGAUGCUGAAGUUGUUGGCCGUGAACGGUCACUCGAAGUCCGACGUGAUCGAGGUUGACUCGGCGGCCAGCGGGGCGGACCUCCUCGCCGCGAUCAAGGCCAAGCUGGGCUGGACCUUCACGGCGGCCAACUACCAGAACGAGGGACGCGCGCGGGGCGAGCCGCUGCCUCUCGACCAGCCGCUCGGCGACGCCCUGAAGGACGGCGCCGCGGUCGCGGCGAAGCGGGACAGGGGCGCCAGGCCGCCGGCGGCCACUCCGGCGCGGCGGGCGGCGGCGGCGGCGGCAGCGGCGCCGGCGAGCGAGGGCGGCAAGCCUCGCUCACGCUCGCGCUCCCCGAAGAGCUCGGCGCCGGACGGUGGGUCGACUCGCGAGAGCGGGGCCGCGAGCGCGGCCGCGCCCGCGGCGGCGGUCCAGCAGGCCCCGCCGCGCGCAGCCGCGGGGGCGCCGAGGGCGGCGGCGCCGCGGGUGGCGGCGGCGCCCCCGGCGGCGGCGCCGGGGGUCGCGGGGGGCGAGCGCGGCGCCGGCGUUGGCAGGCUGCGGGAGGAGCUGGCGCAAGCGCGCCGGAAAGCCGCCGCCGCGGCCGCGGCGUUGGGCGCGCGCGACCAGGAGCUCGCGACGGUGCGCGCGGAGCUGGCGCAGGCGCGCCAGGAGGCGGCCGACGCAGACGCGGCCUGCAGCAAGGUGGAGACGAGGUGCGCGGGCCUGACGACGGAGGUAGCCCGCCUGCAGGGCGAAGGGGGGGCGCUCAGGGGGCAGCUGAGCUACUGGCGCACGAUGCACCGCGGCGGCCCGCACGUGGACGGCGCGGACUACCCUGGCAAGAAGGAGUUGGCCCUGCAGGAGCAGGUGGCGCUCCACGCGAAGAUCUCGGCGUCGGGGAGCGCUCGGGAGGGCCCCGCGGUGCUCCUCGAACGGGUUCAGGAGUGGGUGCCCGUUGGCGUCGCCGAGUGCUUCCACAAGCGCUUGCGUCGUUGGAGAGUUUUGCCAGCGCUGUGUUUUACCCUGGCGCGAGGGGCUCGCCUUGGGAACGUCGUGUGCCUCCGAUGCACAGUGUGCCGCGCCGUAUUUGCCGGCAACUGGAAGUGGCCAGCAGUGCCAAAGGGUUCUCAGUUCCUGCGAGGCUUUCACUCGCCUGUUCUUGCCCGCACUUGCUGCGAGCAGAACCGGUGGUUUUUUGCGACUCCGCAGGUCGUCGUUGAGGUCACCCUGUUGUCUUACUUGCUCGGUUUCCUAGCCCGCGGCGGCAUGAGCUUCACCGCGUUCGCUGUGAUCUACCAGACCUUGUGGCCAGCGCCCAUGCGCGGCACGAUGUGCGCGUCAAGGACGCACCUGCUGCAGAUCUUCGAGAUCAACGUGAUCGCCUUCGCUUGCAUAUUGAUGUUCGCCGAGUGCGCUCUGGACGCUCACACAUUCGCGUGGCGUCUGCGGCCGCGCCACCAGGGCUCCGAUUUUGAGGCGUUGCUCUGUCAGGCGAGGAAGGCGUUCUCGACGUCGUCAGCUUCUCAUGCUUGCCAGCUAUUCCGCCGCGUGCGGGCCCUGGUCGUUGACGGCAAAUGGUGCGUCCAGACCAGUAUAUGCAAUGCCCGGGACUGCAAUCCCGUCUUCUCCGCGGAAGUUCGGGAGAGGUAUUUCAAGGGAUGCACGGAGCGGCCCGCCCCUGGCAGUUUGUAUUGCAAGAGGCAUGCGUAUGCUCGCGGGCACCGACGACGGUGGCAGCAAUCCCUGGACGCACUCGUGGUGGAGGACCACCGUAAAACAGUCCGGCAAGACGGGGUGCUCCUGAAGUACAGGGUGCAGGGGGGGUGGGCGAGGCGGGAGGCCGUGAACACGGACGACGUCAGGCAGUGCGAGAUGCGGUUGCUUCGGCGGGCGAGGCAGAAGAAACAGCAGGAGGACUGCAACAAGGAUGACAGGAAGGACGUCGACGAGUUGCUGGUUGGCCGCAAAUCCGCGGGCAUCUUCGUGGCCGUCACGCCCUGCCUGCAAAUUGCGGCAAUUGCGCCGAUGUGGGCGUCCGAGAGCAUUUCGCAAUUACUGUUGUUCUUGCUGGCCACCAGGGAGCUGUUCCUAGAUUUGGCAUACGCGAUUUACGACAAUGCCUGCGCGGUCGCGCGGCACCUGCGCAAGCGGCAGCGCGAGGGCCCCCCGAGUGAUCCGGGCGCGCCCGGCUGGACGUGGUUACUGGGCUUGCAAUGGAUCAUCGAUCGGUUGCAUUUCACCUAUCACAAGAGCUGCCGCGAUAAGACGAGCCCGUACUUCGUGCCUGGCGUCGACGCCGACGACUACCCCUCUCUGAAGGGCGUGGACACAGAAGCGGCGGAGCAAUUGUUCCACGUGGCCCAUCGCUGGCAGGUCGUCCUGUCCGGGGCGCACCCAGUGCACGAGGAGCUGCUGCUCCUCAUUUUCGCGCGGGACCACAACAGGAGGCAGUCCUGCCACCGCGCCAUCCAGACGCACCGCUCCGCUCAAGCUGCGCCGGCUGCCCCCCGCAGCGGACCGAGUUCUUCGGCCGAGGGGGGCCUGCGUCUCGCGGCGGCGUGCGCGGGGGGGCGCGAGUGCGAUAUCCCAGACCGCGCGGGCUGGCGGAAGAAGCGGAAGACAAUCCGGACGUCUUGCGAGGUCCCAGAGCCCCCGCCGCCUGAACAGGCCCCGGAUGGAGAGGCAGGCAAGCGUGCCGCCCCGGCAGAGGCGCCGUGCGAUCCUCUCCCGACGAUGAGGAAGCAGGACCUACACAGCGCUCACGUGUGGAUUAACUUGCGCAGCAAGACCGUGCGCCACGCAGUGCUGCGGAAUUAUGUGUCCGCCGGGUGCGGAUAUUUUUUUGGUCAGGACAGCCGGCCCCUUAGGUUGGGCCGGGCCGACGUGCGCGGCAUGUUCUCGCGCGGUAGCUGCUAUGGGCUUCGGGCUUGCAUUGUCGCAGAUGCCGCCUGGCGCGCGCCGCCGAUCGUUGGCGGGCAGGUUGGCGGGGGGGCGAACGGGGGAGACAUGGGGUCGGGGAGGGUGCCUGCCGCGGGCGAGUGGGGGUGCGGCGCGCUGCGCGUCGGCGCGGGACCCAUGGGCGACUGGCGGGGCAGGGUGGCGAAUCAUAGCACGUAG